AUGGCUGCCACUACUACAACAUCCGCAGUUGCGUCAACGAGCAAUUCGCCCACGACUAAAGAGAAGUUGAAGCAAGGAUACAAAUCUGUCGAGACCAGGGCGUGGAAGGUAUCCAAUUUCCUUGGGACUAAGAUGAACUACUUGGCAAGCAAAGUCGGCUCCGAGGCGUUCUAUCCGCAGCCUCUUGCCGUUGAGGUGGAGAAAUGCAGUCGUAUCUUGCGCUCAUUCACCACUGCAAGUGAAAUACUCGAGGUAGAGACGAGCGAUGGGAAGACAAAGAAGAAACAACGGGUUGCAGUUCAGAUUCCACAGAGACUCCUGAUAUCGGCUAAAGGGUUGGCAAUUUACACCGUGUGCCGAACGGGGCUGGGUUUAUCAGCUGCCAGUGGGAGUGGUGUCGUCAUUGCCAGGAAUCCAGAUGGGUCAUGGGGAUCUCCUUCCGGGAUUUUAAUCCACACCAUUGGAUUUGGGUUCCUUGCAGGCGCAGAUAUAUACGACGUUGUCUUGAUUCUCCGGAAUUCGCGAGCCGUAAAGGCAUUUGCUAACCCCAAAGUAUCAGUAGGCGGUGAACUGACCGUAACUGCCGGUCCGAUCGGAGCGGGUGCUGUGGUUGACACGGGGAUUGAACUCAGUCCAGUGUUAAGUUAUAUCAAAAGUCGAGGGUUAUACGGCGGUGUCCAGGUAGACGGUAACAUCGUCAUCGAACGGAGCGACGAAAACGCGCGCUUUUACGGACGAAAGAUACGUGCGAGACACAUUUUGGGUGGGAAUAUCGAACGCCCUUCAGAUGCGGACAUACUUGUGGCCACGAUCGAGAGUGCGGAGGGGAGACAUAUCGAGCCGAUUUUUAGACCUAGCAACAUUGUGACUUUUGGCGAUGAUGACCAGGAAGAGGAUAUUAUCGCUUCGCCGAAGGUGGGAGAGAAGUACUAA